AUGGUUGCUUUCACUGUUGACCAAAUGCGUUCCUUGAUGGACAAGGUUACCAAUGUGCGUAACAUGUCUGUUAUUGCCCACGUCGAUCACGGUAAAUCUACUUUGACCGAUUCUUUGGUGCAAAAAGCUGGUAUUAUUUCUGCUGCCAAGGCUGGUGAAGCCCGUUUCAUGGACACCAGAAAAGAUGAACAAGAAAGAGGUAUCACUAUCAAGUCCACUGCUAUCUCUUUGUUCGCCGAAAUUGGUGAGGAAGAUGUUAAGGACAUGAAGCAAAAGACCGAAGGUGCUUCUUUCUUGAUUAACUUGAUCGAUUCUCCAGGUCACGUUGACUUCUCUUCUGAAGUUACUGCUGCUUUGCGUGUCACUGAUGGUGCUUUGGUUGUCGUCGACACUGUUGAAGGUGUCUGUGUGCAAACCGAGACUGUUUUGAGACAAGCUUUGGGUGAAAGAAUCAAGCCUGUUGUUGUUAUUAACAAGGUCGACAGAGCUUUGUUGGAAUUGCAAGUCUCCAAGGAAGAUUUGUACCAAUCUUUCUCCAGAACUGUUGAAUCCGUUAACGUUAUCAUCUCCACUUACGCUGAUGAAGUUUUGGGUGAUGUCCAAGUCUACCCAUCUCAAGGUACCGUUGCCUUCGGUUCCGGUCUUCACGGUUGGGCUUUCACCAUCCGUCAAUUCGCCAACAGAUACGGUAAGAAGUUCGGUGUUGACAAGGCCAAGAUGAUGGAAAGAUUGUGGGGUGACUCUUACUUCAACCCAAAGACCAAGAAGUGGACUAACAAGGACACUGAUGCUGAUGGCAAGCCUUUGGAGAGAGCUUUCAACAUGUUCGUGUUGGACCCAAUCUUCAGAUUGUUUGCUGCUAUCAUGAACUUCAAGAAGGAUGAGAUUCCAGUUCUUUUGGAGAAAUUGGAAAUCAACUUGAAGGGUGACGAAAAGGAUCUAGAAGGUAAGGCUUUGUUGAAGGUUGUCAUGAAGAAAUUCUUGCCAGCUGCCGAUGCCUUGUUGGAAAUGAUUGUCAUGCACUUGCCAUCUCCAGUCACUGCUCAAUACUACAGAGCUGAACAACUAUACGAAGGUCCAGCUGACGAUGCUUCUUGUCUAGCCAUUAAGAACUGUGAUCCAAAGGCUGACUUGAUGUUGUACAUCUCCAAGAUGGUGCCAACCUCUGAUAAGGGUAGAUUCUACGCUUUCGGUAGAGUCUUCGCCGGUACUGUUAAGUCCGGUCAAAAGGUUAGAAUUCAAGGUCCAAACUACGUCCCAGGUAAGAAGGACGAUUUGUUCUUGAAGGCUAUCCAAAGAGUUGUUCUAAUGAUGGGUUCCAGAACUGAACCAAUCGAUGACUGUCCAGCUGGUAACAUUGUCGGUUUGGUCGGUAUCGAUCAAUUCUUGUUGAAGAGUGGUACUUUGACUACCAACGAAGCUUCUCACAACAUGAAGGUCAUGAAAUUCUCUGUCUCUCCAGUUGUCCAAGUCGCUGUCGAAGUUAAGAACGCUAACGACUUGCCAAAAUUGGUUGAAGGUUUGAAGAGAUUGUCCAAGUCCGAUCCAUGUGUCUUGACUACCAUGAACGAAUCUGGUGAACACAUUGUCGCUGGUACCGGUGAAUUGCAUUUGGAAAUUUGUUUGCAAGAUUUGGAAAACGACCACGCUGGUAUUCCAUUGAAGAUCUCUCCACCUGUUGUCUCUUACAGAGAAACCGUUGAAGGUGAAUCUUCUCAAGUUGCUUUGUCUAAGUCUCCAAACAAGCAUAACAGAAUUUACCUAAAGGCUCAACCAAUCGACGAAGAAGUUUCUUUGGCUAUUGAGACCGGUAAGAUCAACCCAAGAGACGAUUUGAAGGCUAGAGCUAGAAUUAUGGCUGAUGAAUUCGGCUGGGAUGUCACUGACGCCAGAAAGAUCUGGUGUUUCGGUCCAGAUGGUAACGGUCCAAAUUUGGUCGUCGACCAAACCAAGGCCGUCCAAUACUUGCACGAAAUCAAGGACUCCGUCGUUGCUGCUUUCCAAUGGGCUACCAAGGAAGGUCCAAUUUUCGGUGAACAAAUGAGAUCCGUUAGAGUUAACAUCUUGGAUGUUACUUUGCACGCCGAUGCUAUCCACAGAGGUGGUGGUCAAAUCAUCCCAACCAUGAGAAGAGCUACUUACGCUGGUGUCUUGUUGGCUGAACCAAAGAUUCAAGAACCUGUUUUCUUGGUCGAAAUUCAAUGUCCAGAACAAGCUGUCGGUGGUAUCUACUCCGUCUUGAACAAGAAGAGAGGUCAAGUCGUCUCCGAAGAACAAAGACCAGGUACCCCAUUGUUCACCGUCAAGGCUUACUUGCCAGUUAACGAAUCUUUCGGUUUCACUGGUGAAUUGAGACAAGCUACUGGUGGUCAAGCUUUCCCACAAAUGGUGUUCGACCACUGGGCUACUCUAGGUAGUGAUCCAUUGGACCCAACCACCAAGGCUGGUGAAAUCGUUCUUGCUGCUCGUAAGAGACACGGUAUGAAGGAACAAGUUCCAGGCUGGCAAGAAUACUACGACAAAUUGUAA